AGGCUUUUUUUUUUGGAUGCUGGGGUGGAGCCCAUGCUAGGCAAAGGCUUCUCCUAUAGAGCUGCACUCUCAGUCUUGCUUUCUCCAUUGUGCAUUUGUGGGAGUUUGGCCUUCUUUGCAUAGUCUCUUGUUUUGUGUGUUGCAAGUGUUUUGUCACAAUCUAGCAUUUCUUUUUCAACUUGGACUACAAUGCUUUUAUCCCGCGGAAAGUUGGAGAGAGCUCACCUGGGCUGGUGCUCCAGGCCAGGUGUCCUGGCCAACUGCACGGUUUUGCUUCCCAGUCUCCCAGCUGAACCCAGAGCUCCCUGCCCGGCGGUACACAGAGGCUCCUCUUGCUGUCCUGCGUGCCUGGCGAGGCUUUAUCUAAUGGGAUGAACCUGGUAAGGAGAUUAGCAAGACGUCCUGAGGGUCCCACUUUUAAUCUGCAGGGCUCACCUGUCCCUGAUCGGCCGGGAAGGGAGCUGCUCAAUCCACACGGCUCCGGCUCCUGCUCCUGCUGAGCUCCCGGGGUCCCGGGUGGGGGCCCGACAUGGACACCCCCGAGAGGAGCCCCCUGCAGAGCUGGCCGAGUGUUCCCUUCCCUCUGCCCUGAGUGUUCAGCCCCCGAGGGGCCCUGGUCGGGAGGGGAGCUGCGCUGUGCGACUCUGCUGGACCACACGGGGCGAGCAUGGCGCUACUCAAAGUCAAGUUCGAUCAGAAGAAGCGGGUCAAGUUGGCACAGGGGCUCUGGCUCAUGAACUGGCUCUCCGUGUUGGCUGGCAUCAUCCUCUUCAGCCUGGGGCUCUUUCUGAAGAUCGAGCUCCGGAAGAGGAGCGAAGUGAUGAACGACGCUGAGAGCCACGUCGUGCCCAACUCCUUGAUAGGGGUGGGAGCGCUGUCCUGUGUCUUCAACUCCCUGGCUGGCAAGAUUUGCUACGACGCCCUGGAUCCGGCCAAGUUCGCCAAGUGGAGGUUCUGGCUGAAGCCCUAUCUGGCCGUCUGUGUCCUCUUCAACCUCGUCGUCUUCUUUGUGGCCCUCUGCUGCUUCCUGCUGCAGGGCUCCCUGGAGAGCACGCUGGCCCAGGGGCUCAGGAGUGGCAUGAAAUACUAUCGCGACACAGACACGCCGGGCCGCUGCUUCAUGAAGAGGACCAUCGACCUGCUGCAGAUCGAGUUCCAGUGCUGCGGCAACAACGGCUUCCGGGACUGGUUCGAGAUUCAGUGGAUCAGCAACCGCUACCUCGACUUUUCCUCCAAGGAAGUCAAAGACCGCAUCAAGAGCAACGUGGACGGGCGGUACCUGGUGGACGGCGUGCCCUUCAGCUGCUGCAACCCCAGCUCACCGCGGCCCUGCAUCCAGUACCAGCUCACCAACAACUCUGCACACUACAGCUACGACCACCAGACGGAGGAGCUCAACCUGUGGCAGAGUGGCUGUCGGGACGCCCUGCUGGGCUACUACGGCAGCCUCAUGAGCUCCAUGGGCACCGCCGCGCUGCUCGUGUGGCUCUUCGAGGUGGCCAUCACGGUUGGGCUUCGCUACCUGCACACAGCGCUGGAGGGCCUGUGCAACCCCGAGGACCCAGACUGUGAGAGCGAAGGCUGGCUGCUGGAGAAGAGCGUGCCUGAGACCUGGAAGGCUUUCCUGGAGAGCCUGAAAAAUCUGGGCAAGGGCAACCAGGUGGAAGCCACAGGUGCGGGCCAGGCCGCCGAGGCCAGCUGAUGGGGCCUGUCCCUUCCCAAACACUGAGUAGAGGACUCCGGGCAACCACACAUCUGACUCCCUCACGGCUGCCGCUCGACCUCAUGAUCUCUUCUUGGGGGUGCAAUGUAAAGUUUUAGGGUCCCUUGAAGAAUGUGGCAAACGCCUGUUGGUGACAGGACUCCCAGUGCGAAUGAAUGAGGCGCGACUCUCUCAGGACGCACCUUCCUCCGGGGACCCUCACACCACGGCCACGCCUAAGGGCCGCCUCCCUCUAGCGUUGGCUGCUGUGAACGCCACGUUGCUUCAUUAUUAGCAACAUCCAAAACGUGUGCUUCACGCAGAAGCACAGGAGUCUGAGAAAGCUAACAGCCAGCAGCAGUCUUGCUAACCCCAAGGCGGACAGGCCGGUCGCUGUGUUCGCUUUAGGCCAGAAGGCAGGGACAGACAAACUUCUCUGGGAGUAACUGGUUCUGUGCUCUCCACAGGAAGGGUGUAGUCACGGCUCAGAACAGUAUCAAGAUGGGAUUAGUCCCCCCACCGAGCACACAGUGGAAGGGCUGUGCUCUCAGGCACUUGGCUGGCGCUUGUCCCAGCCACCACACCCGCCCUCAGGUAUGGACGACAGCCUGUGACCGACCAGACAGGAGUGCACCCUGUGGAGGCCAGGCCUCCCCUCCUGGUGGGGCCGGGGACACCUGCAUGGGUGGCUGUCACAAUCCCCAUGGACAGCAGUCUACAGUGGCAGGCAUGGGGUCCUCUGGGAGCUUAUCCCUUUCUCCCCAGAUCUCCAUUCUGCAUCAGGCUUUCUUUUUUUUGGUGGUGGUGCUGGUGAUAUUGAGGAGUGAACCCAGGGCCUCACACAUGA